AUGGUUUUGGCUGAGAUGGUUUUUUACCGUGCUUGUUUAGCCUUUCUGAUGGUUGGGUUGCAGGCCCGUUACCGGAUUUCUCUGGUGGAAAAGCUUUGUAUUUCCCUGGGCUUUGCUGGCUCUGGGAGGCUCAGCCAUGGGCUUGUGCAGCGACGGUACUCUAUCGGUGCCCUUCGGAUAGCUUUGUGCUUCUUUUGUUUUGUUGAUUCUGGUUCCCUCCACACUUUGGUUUAA